AUAUGAAUCCUGCUGAAAACCUUGAAAAACAACCGCGUAAAGGUAAAUAUUUACCAAAUUGCACCAAUUAAAUCACCCACGGAUGCAGAAACAACAAUCAAACAUCCACAAAGCAUAAAAAUCGCACUUUUCAGCAUAAAUUCCAGCAAAUCAAGGCGUAAACACAAAAAUGUCCUGUGAUCAAGCAUGGACAUGCCAGGAACUCGUCGAUCACGCCGAUAACUGGUCGCUAGCAGGCAAUGUAGGCCUUUUAAAGCAUAUGGAACAAUUCGCAGAGAACCUAUUCAAACAAGCAGAUGAAACCAACAACAACCUGGAAAACCUCCUGCAGGACCUCUCCAGCACCGAAAUCCAAUUAGACUUGGUAAAGAAUCAAUUCCUCGGCCUACAGAACACGCAAUUCAUCGAAAGCAGAGUGUAUGAGGAUGAUGAGACUGUCACACAGCCAAUUGUCACCCCCACAGAGGUCAAACUAGAUGAAAACAAGAAAAAAGAACUGUUAAAAACCGCUGUUAUUGACGGAUUAAAAGUAAUCGAUAAAUACUAUGAUAAAAUAAGUAUUCCGGAGAGUGAUAGUGAGGGUGAUGAGACUGAUUGUAGCAAUUAUGUAUUACGAGAAAAAGAUCCAUAUAUCCAUCGGCCGUUACCGUACGUGAUCGGAACGGACGAAUGGCACACAAAAUGGCAUGCAGGAUUGGUUGAAUCCAGUGAAGAUUCGGAUAAUGAUGACGAAAUCAAACAAAAUGGCCGAGGGAGAGUGGAAGAUGAAUUUUCCGAUACUGAUUCGGAGAGUAACUUACCCGUGGCUGAUAGACGCAGAAUGGAAACACAGGAUUAUACUUAUGAUGAAGUAAAUGGGAAUGAUAACUCGGUUUCGGCGAAAACUCCGAUUACAAACGCGACAUUCGCUGAACAACUGGCUGCGAAGCUAGGUGAUGUCUUGACUACACCCACAGCGCCCUCUACAGUUGAUAUUCUGAAUGAUCCGGAGGUGAAUACUCGGCCUAUACAACGCAAACCUGUUGUGAAUAGUAAUUUAUUACCUGAUUUACCUCCGGAUAUCACCACAGGGUUGUUUUCUGGCGGUGGUGGUUUAUUUGAUGAUGAUGACGAUGAUUAUCAAGAGAAACCACCGCCGAUUGGUGGUAAUUCUGCGAAGGAAACGAAAAAAGUGCCGAAUUUAUUCGAUGAUGAUGAUAAUGACGAUGAUGAUGAUGCGUUUUCAAUAAAACCACCACCUAUACAAGGCUCAACUACGAAUAAAGUUGAUAAAAGCCCGCAGAAGAGAGUUGGAAGUCUUUUUGAUGAUACAGAUGAAGAUGAUGAGGUUUUAGUUAAGUCUGAGGUUGAAACAAGAACUGUUAAAACCGCUGUUAUUGACGGAUUAAAAGUAAUCGAUAAAUACUAUGAUAAAAUAAGUAUUCCGGAGAGUGAUAGUGAGGGUGAUGAGACUGAUUGUAGCAAUUAUGUAUUACGAGAAAAAGAUCCGUAUAUACAUCGGCCGUUACCGUACGUGAUCGGGACUGACGAGUGGCACACCAAAUGGCAUGCGGGAUUGGUUGAAUCCAGUGAAGAGUCAGAUAAUGAUGACGAAAUCAAACAAAAUGGCCGAGGGAGAGUGGAAGAUGAAUUUUCCGAUACUGACUCGGAGAGUAACUUACCCGUGGCUGAUCGUCGUAGAUUAGAAACACAGGAUUAUACUUAUGAUGAAGUAAAUGGUAACGAUAACUCUGUUUCGGCGAAGACUCCGAUUACAAACGCCACAUUCGCUGAACAACUGGCUGCGAAGCUAGGUGAUGUCUUAACUACACCCACAGCGCCCUCUACAGUUGACAUUUUGAAUGAUCCGGAGGUGAAUACACGGCCUAUACAACGCAAACCAGUUGUGAAUAGUAGUUUAUUACCUGAUUUACCUCCGGAUAUCACCACAGGGUUGUUUUCUGGCGGUGGUGGGCUAUUUGAUGAUGACGAUGAUGAUUAUCAAGAGAAACCACCGCCGAUUGGUGGUAAUUCAUCGAAAGAAACGAAAAAAGUGCCGAAUUUAUUCGAUGAUGAUGAGAAUGACGAUGAUGAUGAUGCGUUUUCAAUAAAACCACCGCCUAUACAAUCAUCAAGUACGAAUAAAGUUGAUAAAAGCCCGCAGAAGAGAGUUGGAAGUCUUUUUGAUGAUACAGAUGAAGAUGAUGAGGUUUUAGUUAAGUCUGAGGUUGAAACAAGGCGUAAACCGAUAGGUGGCGUUAGUGUACUGCCAAGAAGACAGGUUUAUUCAUCGGAUGAUGAAGAUGAAAGCGAAAAAAGUGAGAAAAUCAUUGAAAAACCCACAAAAGAAGAAAAACCUAUUGAAGAGAAUAUUAUUCAACCACCUCCACUUAUACAGAGUGAUAAUAAACCAGAAAAACGUGUUUUGUCUUUGUUUGAUGACACUGAUGAUCUGUUUGAAGACGAUUUGUUUCUGCCGAGUAAUAUUAGCAAAAAACCAGAGAAACCAAAGAGUCAAGCGGUUAAAAUUGAUGAAGGUGAUGUAUCUGUACCUCCGCCAUUGUUUAAACCUGUUUCUACGACUUCUACGACGAUAUCUCAACCACAGGAAGCAAAAACAGUCGAAAGUAGCACAAAAAAGAAGAAAACACGGAAUUUAUUCGAUGAAUCAUCAUCAGAAGAUGAAGAUGAUAUGUUUUCUUCAGUUAUUGUACCUAAAACUACGCCUAAACCUAAAAAUAUUGAUUUGUUUGCUGAUACUGAUGUGAUUUUUACCGAAAAUAUCACAAAAACCACCGAAAACGUUGAAAAACAUGAAAAAAGUGAUGAAUUUUUACCUUCCAAUGAAGUUUCUGUUGAUAUACCGGAUGUAAAACCAGUAGUGAAGCCUAGGUUUAGUUUGUUUGAUGAUAAACCACCUGCGUUACUCUCUGAUGAUGAUUGGGAUGAAGAAAUUCCUGCUAUUCCUGUAAAAAAGAAGUUGUUGAUGAGUUGAAAGUGAAAAAUGUUGAAGAAUCACCUAAAAGUGAGAGUUCUCCUGAGAAAAAAUUACCAGGAAAACUCAAACAUAACCUCAAUAUCAAUGUGAAUGCAUUGAUGCCAGGCGCAAAAGUACCAAAAACGCAAGUCAUACCACAAAAUAUUGAAGAUAAUCAAAAAGUAGAUGAAGUUAUCCCGGAAAAACCUU